AUGAUAAUCGUAGAAGUUUUGAGAGUAGCACCAGCUUCGGGAUCAGAAAACUUACCUACUCAAACAUUACUUCUUCCUCUAACCUUCUUUGACCUACUCUGGUUAAGGUUACCUCCUGUUGAACGCGUUUUCUUCUAUGAAUUCCCUCAUCCAACCACUCUCUUCUUCAAUACCCUUCUUCCCAAACUCAAACGCUCUCUUUCUCUUGCACUUGGCUACUUCUUCCCUCUUGCGGGCCACCUCACUUGGCCCCUUGACUCCAACAAACCCAUCAUCAAGUACAACACAGGUGACACUGUUUCCCUCACUGUAGCUGAAUCUGAUGCUGAUUUCAACUAUCUAGCAGGUUCAAACCUUUGUGAAGCGACACAAAGUCACCAUCUUGUACCCCACUUGAUCAUAUCCCAUGAACAAGCUACUGUGUUAGCCCUUCAGGUCACUCUAUUUCCAAACUCUGGAUUCUCCAUUGGAAUCACCUCUCACCAUGCUGUUCUAGAUGGCAAGACUUCAACUUCGUUUAUCAAAUCUUGGGCUUAUCUAUGCAGCAGGCUAGGAGAAUCAGAAUCAGAAUCAGAAUCACCCUUUUGUUUGCCACCUGAACUGAGUCCUUUCUAUGAUAGGGAAAUGAUCAAAGACAAUAAUGAAAUAGAGGCUAAAUAUGUAAGUAAUUGGUUAAAGCAAGGUGGACCCAACAACAGAAGCUUCAUGGUUUGGGAUCUCCAACUUCCAGAAGAGGCAAUUAGAGGCUUGUUUCAAUUGUCUCGCUCAGAUAUUGAAAAGCUCAAACAAUCUGUUGUGUCAAAACAGAAAGGGAAUCUUCACUUGUCAACUUUUGUAUUAUCUAUAGCGUAUGCAUGGGUUUGCAGGGUGAAAGCUGAGGAAAUUCAAAACAGAAGAGUUAUUAUGGCUCUGAAUAUUGAUUGCAGGUCUCGCUUAGAACCACCUCUUCCUCCAACAUAUUUUGGAAAUUGCAUUGGGGCAAGACUUACAGUUUGUGAAACGAGAGAAUUAUUGGGGGAAGAUGGACUAAUUGUGGCUGUGGAAGCACUGAGUGCAGCUUUGGGAACUUUGAAGGAUGGAGUGCUGAGUGGAGCAGAAAAUUGGUCAUCAUGGUUGAUUGAUGGUUUUGCCACUGAUGUGAAGACAAUUGGUGCUGCUGGGUCACCCAAGUUCGAUGUUUACAAUUGUGAUUUUGGUUGGGGAAGGCCAAAGAAGGUGGAGAUGGCGUCUAUAGAUAGAACUGGAGCAUUUUGUCUCUCUGAUAGCAAAAAUGGUGAUGGAGUUGAGAUAAGUUUGGUGUCCAAGAAAGAAGCAAUGGAGGCCUUUGCUUCUCUCUUUGUUAAAGGACUUCUUCAAUCUUGA